UUUUUUUUUUUUCAAAACUAUGCCUUCUCAACAAGAAAAUUUGGCAGAUGCGUUUGUAGCUGCUGGUAAAAGCUUGAUCCAACUUGGUGAACUCCUGACCGCGCAAAACAAGAAAAAAACCAUGGAUAUGGGACAAGAAAAAAAACGGGUGAAAAAAGAUGUGAAUGCACCUAAAAAGAAUACCUCUUCCUAUCUACACUUUAGCAAUGAAAACCGUCCAAGAUUAGUCAAGGAAAAUCCCGCGUUGCCACAAACUGAAAUUGCAAAACUAUUAGGUGAAGAAUGGCGAAAUUUGACUGAACAACAAAAGGAACCUUAUCGUGUCAUGGCUGAAAAGGAUAAAGCAAGAUUUGACAAGGAAAUGGAAACUUAUGUACCAAGCCAUGAUUUGGAUGAUUCAACUGUAACCAAAAAGUCAAAAAUCACACCUCCCAAAGAACCUAUCUCUCCUCCUGCGGUGGUACCUGCUGCUACUGAAGAAAGUAAAAAGAAGAAAAAGAAGAAUAAGAAGAGCAAAUCCAAGCAUUAAGUUUUCCCCCGUUUUCUUUUUUUUUUUUUUCUUCUUCUUUUUAUCAUUCUCUCUCUUUUUCUUUUAUUAUUCUUAUUCUUAUUCUUAUUCAAUUCCU